AUGGGCCGAUAUCGCAGCGUUAAGGCGAACACGACGUUCAACGGAGAAUUCGUGUCGGGCGAUAAAACCGCCGUUAAGACGAUCGCCACGAGAAACCAUCCCCUUCUACCCAUGACGGAUCUGCGCGAGUGGUACGAUACUCGCGUCGUUGGCGAUACCGUCGCGUCUUUGGAGGUGUUUCAAGAGCGCGACAGCGGAUGGGCUCUGUCGCGCAUACUCGAUCUAACGGUGAACGUGAACGUGUACAAUCCCAUGCGGGCGGGAUGCCACGUGCGAGUACCGCGAGAGAUUCAGAUGAAGAGAGCGGUGGUCAACGUGCGAUCCGACGACGAGGCGUAUUUCGCGUGGUCGGUGGUAGUCGCUCUGUACCCCGUCGAUAAGAAUUGCGAGAGAAGCUCGCGAUAUCCGCAUUACUCCGAGGUGUUGAAUCUGAAGAGCUCGAAGUUACUUAUGACUUUGAACGGAAUCGGACGGUUCGAGCGUCUGAACGAUAUAUCGGUGAACGUAUACAUCGUCGGAGACAGACAACGCGAGAAGGACGGUGGUAGCGGAAUUCGCAUCGUCCCUCUUCGUCUGACGGAUCGAAAGAGGGAGAGACACGUCAAUCUGCUGUAUCUGAGCGAUGCGACGCGCGAGGAUAACGCGGUCGGGCAUUUCGCCUAUAUCCGAAAUCUGUCUCGUCUGAUCGGCUCGCAGUUGAGCAAGCGACAGCACAGCACGCACGUGUGCGAUCGAUGCAUGCAUUACUUUCGCACGAGCGAGAAGCUGUCGGCGCACAGCGAGGAUUGCGGCAAGCUGAACGAUUGCGCGAUCGUUCUUCCCGGUGAGGACGACAGGUGGUUGGAGUUCGAUCAUUCGAGAAAAGAGCGAAUUCCGUUCGCGGUGUACGCCGAUCUGGAGUGCGCGUUGAAGAGGAAGGAGAAGGACAAGGGCGGGAGAACUAAAAAUACGAGGAUCGUUCAGCAUCACAGAGUUCACAGCGUGGCCUAUUACACGCGUUGCUCCUUCGACGACGCCGCGUCGGCAUACGGAUCUUAUCGCGGCGAGAAUUGCGUCGCGUGGUUCGUGCGCGAGUUACGCGAUCUGGCGCUUCGCGCGAAGGUCGCCCUCGACGCCGUGGUACCAAUGGCGGAUCUGACGCCGGAUGAGCGGGAGAUAUUCACGAGCGCGUCGCGCUGUUACGCGUGCGAGAGACCGUUCGAGGCCGAUGACGCUCGCGUGCGCGAUCACUGUCACUUGACCGGCCGCUUCAGAGGUUCGGCGCAUUCCGCGUGUAAUUUGAAUUACAAGGACCCCUACGUCAUACUCGUAUUCUUUCACAAUCUAUCGGGUUACGACGCGCACUUCAUUAUCAAGGACGCGUUAGCGUAUCCUGGCAGCAUCGAGUUGUUGCCGGUGACAAAGGAAUCAUACAUAGCUUUCUCGAAGACCGCGCCGGUCUCGAUAAGCUGGCGUCAUAUCUCGACGAGCAAACUGACGAUCGCGCGAGGCGAGUUUCGCGAUCUCUCGGACGACGACUUCCGGCUUCUCACGCGCAAGGGCGUGUUUCCGUACGAAUACGUCGACAGCGUCGAGAGAUUGCGGGCGACGCGUCUCCCGCCGCGCGAGUCCUUCUAUAGUUCUCUGACCGGCGAUAUCGUAUCGGAGAGCGAUUACGCGCACGCGACGCGCGUCUGGAAGCGAUUUAGCGUCGAAACCCUGGGCGAGUACAGCGAUCUCUAUCUGAAGACCAACGUUCUUCUGCUCGCGGACGUGUUCGAAAAUUUUCGCGCCGCUUGUUUGGAGAGCUACGGUUUAGAUCCCGCGUACUACUUCACGCUACCGGGAUACACGUGGGACGCGAUGCUUAAGUACACGGGGGUCCGUUUCGAGCUGCUCACCGAUAUCGAUAUGAUGAUGUUCGUGGAACGCGGAAUACGCGGCGGUCUGAGUCAGUGCUCUAACAGAUACGCUCGCGCAAACAACAAGUACAUGAGCGCGUACGAUCCGUCGCGACCGUCGAUCUAUCUGAUGUAUCUCGAUAUCAAUAAUCUGUACGGUUGGGCGAUGUGUCAGCCGUUGCCGUACGAGCGAUUCGAGUGGGUCGACGAUCUCGAGAGUCUCGACGUGAUGUCCGUGACGGAGAACUCGACCGUCGGCUACAUUCUCGAGGUCGAUCUCGACUAUCCGGCCGACGCGCACGAUGCCCACGCCGAUCUACCGUUUUGUCCCACGCACGAUAAGCCGCCGGAGAAGCGGCAGAGCAAACUCCUAGCCACGCUGUGGCGAUAA